AUGCCUCCUACAGACCACACAUACCUUACUGGAGUAGAGCCCAGAAUCUUACCGACUGAUUUUGAUGAAGCAGGGAAUGUGGAAGAAAACAAUACAGAAAGUGACGAGGACUUGCAAGAGAUGCUAGAAGAACAAGUGGACGAAGAGUUUAUUAAUGAACAAAUUCAACCCACUGAAGACACACCAAUUAAAGAAUUUCAUUCGGACUAUUGUGAAACACCAACGAUUCCAGUUCAAGCAGAUGAAGUUGAAAAUGGAGAUGACUUGUUUUUGAGAGGAGACGGCUUAUCUUUGGGAGGAGAUGGCUUUUCAGGAGAUUUGAUAGGGGAUAGUAAGGAGACAAUCAAGGGAGAAAGUAGCAUUGAUAGGGGGGACAUAUUUCUUUGUUUUCGGGGGGAUGACGUAGAAGACGAGGACGAGGAUGAUGAAGACAAGGAGUCAAAAGACGAGGAUGAAGAAGAAGAAGACGAUGGCGAUGAUGGAGGCCUAGGUUUCAAAAAGUUGACGAUCCAGGCUCUGGAGAAAUCUUGGAGACAGGCAGAGGCUUUGAAGUGUUGGCAGCAGCAGAAGGUCCAGAAGAAGUGUUGGCAGCAGCAGAAGAAGGUCCAGGCUCCUGAAUCGUCUUGGAGACAGUGGCUAGAUAAAGUAUUGGAGCCUCUGAAGCAUCUCCUCAAGAACUUGUUCACCCUGCACCAACUGCGGCUGGCUGUCUGCGCACAUGGAAUCUGGUGGACCCGAACCAUGUGGCGAAAGUUGAGUGGCCUUGGCACCGUAGAUGCAGUCGAUAGCGUGGUAAGUGAGGCUCUGGGUGGUUUUGAGUCUGGGGGCCAUCUUGUGUGA